UAAGGGAGCGGCGGGGCCGGGGGAGGCGCUCGGCGGCGGCGGCGGCGGAGGCGCGGAGCGGUGCGCACGGCGGGGCGGCAGCGGCUGCAGGUCGGGGACAUCGCCGGCACCAUGCGCCUGCUGUGGGCCCUGCUCUGCCUCUGGCUGCUGGCGGGGGCGGCCGGGGCUGCCCGGGCACGCACGCGCCGGGAGCUGGCCCCCGGCUUGUAUGAGCACGGCGUCUACGAUGCCGGCGGCUCCUACUGCCAGCAAGGGGACGUCUGCUGCCACGGCCGGGACGACGGCUGCACCGUGCCCUACCUCGACACCAUCUGCUACUGCGACCUCUUCUGCAACCGCACCGUCUCCGACUGCUGCCCUGACUUCUGGGAGUACUGCCUGGGCAUCCCGGCCCCCUUCCCCAAAGUCCAAGGCUGCGCCCGUGCCGGCCGCACCUACCCCAGCGGGGCCACGUACCGGGAGAACUGCAACCUGUGCACCUGCAGCCCCGGCGGGCAGUGGCAGUGCGAGGACAACGCCUGCCUCGUGGACGGGGACCUCAUCGACGCCAUCAACAGGGGCAAUUACGGCUGGAGGGCCGCCAACUACAGCCAGUUCUGGGGGAUGACGCUGGAGGACGGGAUCCGCUACCGCCUGGGCACCUUCCGCCCGCCGCCCACCGUCAUGAACAUGAACGAGAUGCACAUGGCCAUGGACUCCAACGAGGUGCUGCCCCGCCACUUCGACGCAGCCACCAAGUGGCCCGGGAUGAUCCACGAGCCCCUGGACCAGGGCAACUGCGCCGGCUCCUGGGCCUUCUCCACGGCUGCCGUCGCCUCCGACCGCAUCUCCAUCCACUCCAUGGGGCACAUGACGCCCUCCCUGUCACCCCAAAACCUCCUGUCCUGCGACACCCGCAACCAGCGGGGCUGCAGCGGGGGACGGCUGGACGGCGCCUGGUGGUACCUGCGCAGGAGGGGGGUGGUGACGGACGAGUGCUACCCCUUCACCAGCCCAGAGAGCCAGCCGGCGGCGCAGCCCUGCAUGAUGCACAGCCGCUCCACGGGCCGGGGCAAGCGGCAGGCCACGGCGCGCUGCCCCAACCCCCAGACCCACGCCAACGACAUCUACCAGUCCACCCCCGCCUACCGCCUCGCCUCCAGCGAGAAGGAGAUCAUGAAGGAGCUGCUGGAGAACGGCCCCGUGCAAGGUAAGGAGCUGCCGGGGGCACUGAGCCCUAAACUGGGGGGGGGGUCUGCUGCCCAAGGGACCGGAGCUGGGACAGCUCAGGACCGGCCGUGGGGCUGGGCCCCCCCCCCCAGGCUUGGCUGCUGGCGCUGCUGA